GUGAUUGUGUUUGUAUAGACCAUUGUUGACAACACCUUAUAGAACCUUGGUUGUAAGAUGUGAGGAUUUCUAUGUUUAUUUAUUGUAUUUAUUAUUAUUCCAUUGGUUGACUAGGUAAAGCGGGGUGACGGCCCUUGGGGUUUUGUUAUUGUUGACAGAGGACCGGAGUUUUGUGAUAGCGUAGUAGGAACCAUUAUAAGGCAGUUUGAUAGUUAAUGUAUAUUUAGGAAUUCAGCCUUUGUUGGCGUUAUCUACAGUUAUAAUUUAUUCUUAUUUCUUUAUUAAAUAUUUCUUAUUCCUAACGCAUCCCUGGUGUUCUUGAAGUAUUGCAUAUGUAAUGUAUACAUGUCAAAGUCAUAGGCUACAAAUUCACAACAAUCACAACAAUGGUGGAGCAGCAAGUGUGUCAACAAGUUGACAGGUGAACUAUUUCAUCAUUAUAGUUGUUAUCUAUUAUCUUCUGGUCAGCAGUAAGCUCUACUGACUUCAAAUAUAGAGCUGGGAAAUCAAGUAACUCAGGGACUAAAAGGCUUGUCGUAAAGUAUAAGAACAAACCUACGUCCAUAAAAUGGCCGAGAAAGUAUACGGUGACCUACUAAAACUAUAUGAAACGGGGAAGAGUCUUGGCUACCAAAGAGAAGAAUUGGACGAGUGGGUUGCUAAAAUCAUAAAACAGAAUGAGGAGAGAGAUGCUAGAAUGGAAGAGAGGAAAGAAAGAGAAGAAGAAAGGAAAGAAAAGGCGAAAGUAGAAGAAGAAGAAAGGAAACAAAGGGCGAAAGUAGAAGAAGAAGAAAGGAAACAAAGGGCGAAAGUAGAAGAAGAAGAAAGGAAACAAAGGGCGAAAGUAGAAGAAGAAGAAAGGAAACAAAGGGCGAAAGUAGAAGAAGAAAAGGCGAAAAUAGAAGAACGGAAGAUGGCAAUGCAGGAAGAAGAGAUGAGAUUUAAAUGGAAACUAGAAGAGGACCAAGUAGCGGCCAAAAUAAAAAGAGACGACGAGGAAUCGAAGGCCAAAAUUGCCGCAAUCGAAAAAGAGAGUAAAGCAAAGGAUGUAGAGGAGCAGGAAAAUAGAGACACGAGGAAAAGAAACACGCCCCAAACAAAGAGACAAAAAUUCGUGGAAGGCACGGAUAAGAUGGAUGCAUUUAUCAACAGAUUUGAAAUGCUGAUGAAACUUGAAAAAGAACCACAACACGAAUGGGCCAUACAACUUCUCAGUUUGGUCGGAGGAAAGGCCCUCGAUGCACUACAAGUCCUAAGCGAUGACGGGGUAGCAAACUAUGCCAUCCUCAAGAAAACAUUACUUGAUUUCUAUCAAUACAGCGAAGACGACUACCGACAGAAGUUUCAUGAGCUAAAACCACCAUCAGACGGCAACAUGAAGCAAUUUGUUUCUGAUGUGAAAAUAACGUUCGAAAAAUGGGUUCAAGCGUCUGGAAUUGAAGAAUCGUUCGAGAAUCUGAAGCAGUUUAUCAUCGUGGACAAAAUCGUAUCAACUGCUGGGAAGCAUUUGUUUGCUUUCCUACAGGAAAGAAAACCGAGAAGUGUGGAGACCGUUAUGGAACUGUGUCAAACUUAUGUAGCAGCACAUCCGGGCGAAAUACUACAAAAGGUUGAAAACAGUGAAGAAAUCGAAUUUGCCGCCACAACAGUCCCUACAGCAGCACGAUUUACAAGGAAAGAAACAGCACAACAACGUAGCCCACCACAAGACAGAGAUAUACAGAGAUAUACAGAGAGAGAACAAAAUGAUUAUAGACCAAAUCAGUCAUCGGCCCAGAGAAAUGAAGUGAGAUGCUUUAACUGUAGGAAAAUAGGACACAUAGCGAAGUACUGUAGAGAGGCAAGGCGAAGAGAAUACUGGAAGAAUGAUGUUGUAGCUCACGUAGGAGGCUUAGCAGAGAGUCUUUCACCGUACGUUACCCCUGCAAUAGUUAACGGGAAUCACAUCCUUUCCCUACGCGACACAGGGGCCACGAAAUGUGUACUUCUAGCAAAACUUGUGAGUCCCCAUCAGUACACCAAAAGACAAUGCAAAGUACAAGGUUUUGGAGGGCAGGUCAAAAGUUACCCGACCGCUAUAGUACACAUUAACUCCCCUUAUUUCAAUAAAACAGUUGAAGCUAUAGUUGUUGAUAAUGGACCAUUCGAUUUGUUGAUAGGAAAUGUUCCAAACAUAGAAUUUCCAAAAGAGGCUCAGAUCAACAGUUGGAAAGAAUUGUAUAACUGGAAGUUACCUCAACAAGAUGAUUGUAUGCAGAUGCAACAACAAAUGGCACAAAACCCCAACCGAAAAGAAGUACAGAUCCCUAGCCAGACAAGUCCUAUAGAAACCAUACAGCAAGUUGAAACCAGACAACAAAAAUUGAAACGAGAACAGGAAAGUUCUGGCGAUGACCUCCUGAACAGAACUAGAAGAGACGAUAGUGACGAAACGCCUGGGGGUGACACUAUGACAGAGAAAUGCAAUCCAGAAAAAUUUCAAGAAGCUCAAAAGAAAGACCCCACUCUGACUAAAAUUUUUAAUUUGGCAAAGAAAGGAACAGUAGCAAGCACGAAGAGAAGUAAAAAAGAAUUCAUAAUAAAACAAGGCACCUUAAUUAGAAAAUAUACCGAUCAAAGGGGUGAAUUCAAACAAUUAGUAACACCCAAGGAAUACAGAUUAAUGAUACUACAGCAAGGUCACGAUCUAUCAGUAGCUGGACAUAUGGGUCGCGCAAAAACAAAACAAAGAAUCCAACACUCCUUCUAUUGGCCUGGCAUGGACAAAGAUAUUGCUAAAUAUGUGUCAUCCUGCAAAAUAUGCAUGGACAUGAGGAAAAACAAACCGAGACCAGCUCCUAUACAGAGAACAGAUCUAGCAUGUAGACCUUUCGAGAAAAUUGCAGUUGAUAUUAUAGGACCGACAGCCACAAUGUCAAAAAGGGGUCACAGGUAUAUCCUAACAAUUGUAGAUUUCGCUACACGAUGGGCAGAAGCAUAUCCUUUGAAAAAGGCUACAGCAGAAGAAACAGCUGGAGCUUUGCUGAACUUGUUCACUAGAAUUGGGUUCCCGGAUACUAUCCUAAGCGAUAGAGGGGUACAGUUCACAGCAAACCUUACUCGUCACAUUACGAACACCCUAGGGAUAAAGCAGUGUUUCACGACCCCCUACUGCCCCCAGAGCAAUGGGGUCUGCGAACGACUAAACGGGACUGUAAAAACCAUGUUAGAAAAGGCUUAAGUAGGUAGAGAAGAGGA